UUAUUCAUAAGUAUUAAUUCUGUAUCAAUUUACGACGCUUGCUGGCACAAUUGUUCCGGCAAUGGGGCAUGCGCCUACGGAAAACAACCAGGACAAUUUAGUUGCGAGUGUCAACAUGGUUUUCUUGGCGAUACCUGUUCAAAGAAAUUAUGUGGCCCUGAGAGAAAAUUGUAACGUUUUCCCAUUGAUUCCAACAUUGGAUUCGUCCAAAACGUUUGAUGAGACGUAUUGCGAAAUAGUCGACUCUGAAAGUGAGAAAGUUGUAAACAACAGCACCCCAUAAAAACUAACAAGGUCGAUUGCGUGGAAAACCAAGAAAAUUGCAAAAUAUUUAAACUUAAUAAGUUUAACUGGUGGGAAGGUAUGCAAAUAAAGCACACUGAUACUAUUUUCCCGUUAUAUGCGCCUAAUAAAAUUGGUGAUAACAUGACAAUUGGAUUUUCAAAUGUGGAUAUUAACAAGGACGUUUGUAUUACAUUGAAUUAUCAUACUGAUCCAAGCGUUAAUUUAAUGAUUCAAUAUGAGCAAGCUAAACCAUUUGAACUAAUCAAGCAACCUAAUGAAACAAGUUGGAGUCACCAAAUUGUAUGCCUAUCUAAAUUAACUAGCAAGAUUGACCGUGAUUUCACCAUCACCAUUUUAACCAAGCCGAAAAUAACUGACGG